CGCCCGCCCCCGAGCUCGCGGUUUAGGGAUGUGUGCUGAUACGGCGAUGCGGCUUCAGGUGGAUCCACCGCACCGCACCGCACCGCACCGCACCGCACCGAUAACCCUCCACCAUAGCCUCCCCUUCCAAGGUCUCUGGACUCCCCGCCAUCACCCCCACUCUGAACACAUGAGUUGCCUGUGACGUGAUGUGCAGCCCUGGGCAGGAAUUCAUGCAAGAUUACCUGAAUGCCUACUGUGUGUCAGGCAUGGUGCUGAGCACUGAGGAACUUCACAUGAGGAGAACCAGCUCCUGGGCUCAGAGCUCAGUCUAAUGGGGGAGACAGCUCUGAGGAAGAACCAUGACACAGCAGCUGGCAUCUGAUCUGGGUAGGGAGCCACAGGAGGAAGCAGAUAACUCAGCUGUGGUCCCCAGAGCCUGCAAAUUCAGGGCUCCUCCUGCAUCUCUUUGAGCUCCAAGACUUUAGCUGGAGCCUGCCAUGGGGAACCACCUGACCGAGAUGGCGCCUACCACCUCCUUCUUGCCCCACUUCCAGGCCCUGCAUGUUGUGGUCAUUGGGCUGGACUCAGCUGGAAAAACCUCCCUCCUCUACCGCCUCAAGUUCAAGGAGUUUGUCCAGAGUGUCCCCACCAAAGGCUUCAACACAGAGAAGAUCCGGGUGCCCCUGGGGGGGUCCCGUGGCAUUACUUUCCAAGUGUGGGAUGUUGGGGGGCAGGAGAAGCUGCGACCACUGUGGCGCUCCUACACACGCCGGACAGAUGGGUUGGUGUUUGUGGUGGAUGCUGCUGAGGCUGAGCGCCUGGAGGAGGCCAAGGUGGAGCUCCACCGAAUCAGCAGGGCCUCGGACAAUCAGGGUGUGCCUGUGCUGGUGCUGGCCAACAAGCAGGAUCAGCCUGGGGCGCUGAGUGCAGCCGAGGUGGAGAAGAGGCUGGCAGUCCGUGAGCUGGCGGCUGCCACGCUCACCCACGUGCAGGGCUGCAGUGCUGUGGAUGGGCUGGGCCUGCAGCCAGGCCUUGAGCGCCUGUACGAGAUGAUCCUUAAGCGGAAGAAGGCAUCCAGAGCAAGCAAGAGGAGACGGUGACUUGAGGCUGCCCCCUCCCUACCUGAAGGGUCUGCUGACUUGGACAGCCAGGCAGAGCCUGUGGCCCUCACUCAGCCCCUGGGGCAGAACCUGUCCACCUCAAUAAAGGACCUAGCAACAUACUGGGGGUCCUGUUUUGGAACCACAUUGGGGUUCCAAAAACCCACCUUAAUCUCUGGAGAAGUGAAGGCUGCAGGACUGUGGAGCUUAAAUGUAAACUGUGACUCUACCUCGACCCUGUUUCUUGUUUUCCUUCUCUGACUUUUUGAUUGGAUGUAUUUGGGGGCAAAGGAAAGUUGUUUGGUGAAUGAAUUUGGGAUGAACGAGCUCUAUCUCUGCCCUACCCUCUCUCCACUGGGGAGGCUCCCCGUGGCUGUUUUUCUAGGGAUGCCAGUCACAAUAGUCUUUAUUUUGUGUCUGUGAAAGUGCCAAGAACCCACUUCAUAUUUGUAGAUCCAGAACUCUUUUUAUAAGCCUUGUGUGUCCUCUGUAUUAUUUUUAACUAUUUUUUAGCAUUUGCCUGUAAGUUAUUAAAGACUGAUAAUACUGUAGCUCUAACCUUGGUGUGGUAUUUUCC